CUCAUUUCCAAGAUGGCGGAUUUUUUUUGAAAAAUCAAGUUUGGUUAUAAAAAUUCUAAAUAAACUGAAAUAUUUUGAGAAAUAACGCAAAUAAACCAUCAGGAGCACUUGGGAUUUAGCCUGGGGAAUCGAGGGAACAGAUUUAUAUAGUUAAGUUUGGAUAACCAAGUCUAAAUUUGCUAAAAAUAUGGAGAGGAAACACUUGUACAAAGCGGCAUCGGAUACGGUAGACAAACUUCGCACACGAAAACGACAAGAACACUGUGGUUUGAGGAAAGAGAAACGCGAUAAAAUAUUAAGUUUGAAACGACUAAGAUACGAGGAGAGUGGCGAGAAUAGCGAUCCUUUUAAUUUAACAGUUGAAGAUGCGAUUUCUUUGUCGAGAGCUAUUCGAAAACAAGGACCAGAUAGUUUAGAUAUUUUAAGAAAGUUGAAAAGGGGUUUUACACAAGGAAACUUGAUUGCAGAUACGUUUAUAGCGCAAGAUGGAGCUCUGCAGUCGCUAGUUAGAUUCUUAACAGGUAAUCAGGUUAAAUUUUAAAACUAGGCAAGGAGAUGCAAAUAAAUCACCACAGCUAGAAAGAGCAUACUAAAAUGAGUAAAAUUGCAAAGUUUGGUUGCAAAAUGUUGUAAAAUACGGAAAAUAUAGCCUUGCAAAGUUCGCACAUUUUGUAUCGCGUGCGGAAAUUCCUACCACAUUUGGGCCGAAAAUGGUAGUAAUUUCCGCACGCAAUACAAAAGUAUACGAAAUUUGCGAACUUUGCAAGGCUAUAUUUUCCACCGAUUUUACAACAUUUCGCAACCAAACUUUGCAAUUUUACUCAUUUUAGUAUGCUCUUUCCAGGAAUAUAUAUACUAUUAGUAUUACUAUACUGUUAAUAAGAAAUUAGUCUAUAAUGGGAAUUGUCUAUUGCGGGAACCACUGAGCAUUUUCAUGAAAUCACAACAACUGUAACUCCGAAUAAAGACAACGUUUUUUAUUCAACGUUUCGACUUUAUUCAGUCAUCAUCAGGAAUGGAUAAUGUUACAUAGUAAUGCCAAUAUGUACAGCGGAUAGUUUGUAAUUUAAUAUCUACUAGUAAAAAACCAAUAGUUCUCAGGACGCUUGAUGCAACGGUUGAUUUUUUCGGUUUCUGCCUGUGAAUGGCGAGUGCUUCUUUGAAUAAUAACACUGACCAGUGUUUUGCCUUGUCCAGGAUGAUGGAGUUGUGGAGAAGGAAAAGUGUUAGGUCAAACCGUUCGUUUGUGUCAGAAUCGUCGAUGUUAAGUGUCAUUAGGUUGGUGAUGUAGGUGAAGUGUUUGCAAGUGUUGAUGUGUUUGUAAAUCUGAGAUUUGUCAGUUGUUCCAUGUUCAUUGAGUCCUGCGUGAAGGCAUCUGUCGGUCUUUCCUAUGUAAGAUUUAGAGCAGCCUGGACAGGAGAAUUUAUAAACAAUAGAACUCUGAAAUUCCUAAUUAGGUGUUUUGCCCUUACACGAAACAAAGCGGCUUGUUGUCAUUGACAUUGUGUCAAGCCUUAUGGUGCAUGGAGACUAGAGUGUCUAAAAGUCGUAAAAUUUUCUAUGUCCUUUAUUUUGCUUUACACAGAAGACAAAAUAUGCCAGUACAAAAGUGAAACACAAAUAAUGAUAGAACAGUUCAAUACUUUAUAUGAACCUAUCAACAUAUUUCAACAGGUAAUGACAUUGAUCUUCAAAUCGAGGCUGCGUGGUGUUUCACGAAUCUCGCGGGAUCCACGCGGGACCACGCUGUACACAUCCUAAAAGCCGGUGGUGCUUAUUUAAUCACAUACCUCAGAGGUAGCAAUGUGUUGCUACAAGAUCUCUGCGCAUGGACGCUCGGCAACCUUGCUGGGGAUUGUGAGGAAUGUAGGAGGAUAAUGCUGGAUCAAGGUGCAGUGGAUCCCUUGGUUCACUUAUUGAAAGUAGGUACAUUUUGGUACAUGUGUUGAUACCAAUGAUAUCCAUGGUUUGUAGGUGGACUAAGGUGGCGUGAAAAUGUGUCAAAAGACAACCUUCAUUUUUAUGCACAAGCUAAAAAACAGCCCUUUCAAUUUUAAGAAAAAAUUUAGUUUGAAGAAAUUCGAAGACCCUUAAUAAAUUUGAUUAAGAAUUUAUUACAACAAAAGUUGUCACUGCACAUUUAGACUGUUUAUCAAUGCACAUUUUAUCACCACACAAAUUUAAUGAUCACUAAAAUGUUUUAUUAACGUUUUUUAAGAGUACGUUUUCGAACGUGGUGCAGUCUGCAGCAUUUGCCAUAUGCAACCUGGCACAAAGCAACGAUGAACGAAUUUUUGAAGAGUUUGGAAAAUCUGGAGUUGGGACAGUCCUCUUCAAACUUUUUAAAAAUUCCUCAACCUCAGCUGAUGUGAUCACAGAACUAGCCUGGAUUUUGACUUACUUCAGUGCGAAUAAUGAAAGUGUCGAAUAUCUUUUCUCGUGUGGGAUUAGUGUCUCCUUUGUUGUAGAAUUUUUGGCGAGGUGUUUUGUAUUGCCUGAUUCAGUUCAAGUUAUGACGCCAAUCAUUCGAACUUUAGGUAAUCAAGAGCUGUUUUUCAUUCAUUUGAUAAAGGCCUUUUGGAAAACUUUGCUGUGAAAAGCAUUGUUUCCUAGCCAUGUUUCCCAAAGGUGGACAAACCAGGAAACAUUGUUUCCUAGCCAUAUUUCCCAAAGGUGGACAAACCAGGAAACAUUGUUUCCUAGCCAUGUUUCCCAAAGGUGGACAAACCAGGAAACAUUGUUUCCUAGCCAUGUUUCCCAAAGGUGGACAAACCAGUGGACAGCCAUUGUUUCAUAGCCAUGUUUUCCGAAGGUGGACAAACCAGGAAACAAUGUUUCCGGGGCUCUGACUAUGUCAAAGCAGAUGAUCAAACCAAAGUUUAUGUUUAUCUUUCUAAGGAAACAUAUGCAGUGGCCCUGACCAGUUUGGUGAAGAGGCUCUUAGAAGCGGGCUUCUAUUAAAAGCUAUGACAUCAUUGCUGUCGUCAUCGAUUCAUCACGUGAGAAAAGAAAGUCUAUGGCUGCUGUCCAAUCUGGCUGCUGGCUCACAUCAGAGUGUCAAGGCUGUGUUGGAUGCUGGCUUACUUCCGAUUGUUGUGGAAAUGUUAGAUGCGACUUUUGAUAUUCAGAAGGAGGUCAGUCCCAGCACGAUAACUCCCUUUUCAAAUGCCAGAACUUGGUUUUCAAAUGCCAGAACUUGGCUUUCAAAUGCCAGAACUCCCUUUUCAAAUGGCAGAACUCCCUUUUCAAAUGGCAGAACUUGGUUUUCAAAUGCCAGAACUCCUUUUUCAAAUGGCAGAACUCCUUUUUCAAAUGGCAGAACUCCCUUUUCAAAUGCCAGAACUCCCUUUACAAAUGCCAAAACUCCUUUUUCAAAUGACAGAACUCCCUUUUCAAAUGGCAGGGCUUCCUUUUCAAAUGCCAAAACUCCCUUUUCAAAUGCCAGAACUCCCUUUACAAAUGCCAGAACUCCCUUUUCAAAUGCCAGAACUCCUUUUUCAAAUGACAGAACUCCCUUUUCAAAUGGCAGAACUUCCUUUUCAAAUGACAAAACUUGGUUUUCAAAUGCCAGAACUCCCUUUUCAAAUGCCAGAACUCCAUUUUCAAAUGCCAGAACCCCCUUUACAAAUACCAGAACCCCCUUUACAAAUGCCAGAACGCCCUUUUCAAAUGACAAAACUUGGUUUUCAAAUGCCUGAACUUCCUUUUCAAAUGCCAGAACUCCCUUUUCAAAUGCCAGAACUUCCUUUACAAAUGCCAGAAUUCCCUUUGCAAAUGACAAAACUUGGUUUUCAAAUGCCAUAACUCUUUUUCAAAUGCCAGAACUCCUUUUUCAAAUGACAGAACUCCCUUUUCAAAUGGCAGAACUUGGUUUUCAAAUGCCAGAACUCCCUUUUCAAAUGCUAGAAUUCCCUUUUCAAAUGCCAGAACUCCCUUUACAAAUGCCAAAACUCCCUUUUCAAAUAUAGUAGAACUUGGUUUUCAAAUGCCAGAACUCCCUUUUCAAAUGCCAGAACUCCCUUUUCAAAUGGCAGAACUUGGUUUUCAAAUGCCAGAACUCCCUUUUUCAAAUGCCAGAACUCCUUUUUCAAAUGCCAUAACUCCCUUUUCAAAUGGCAGAAGUGCCAGAACUGAAACGCCAGAACUCCCUUUACAAAUGCCCAGAACUCCCUUUUCAACAACCUCGUUCCCAGGCUCUUCCCUAGGAACGAGGUUGCCUUUUCAAAUGGGCAGAACUUGGUUUUCAAACGCCAGAACUCAGUUAGUUUCGUUUAGGCAUAGGCGUACGAAACAGGGGACAGGGGGGCGGCAACUGUCCUCAAAACUUUAGAGAACCAUAGAAAUUGGGGAAACAUUUCAAAGCACCAGCCCCGUACGCCCAUGCGUUUAAAUUUCCUAACGAACUUUAAAUUUACUUUAGAGUGCCAUAGUUCUGUUAAACAUUGGGUACAAAAGCGAGGAAUAUUUACGUGAAAUCAUGAAACUCGACGCACUUGGAAAAUUCCUACAACUUCUGAAGUCACAAGAUGACGAGUUGACAUUUUUAGCUUUACAAUUCAUCGAGAUGAUGCUCCGAACUUUCCCUGAAAGUCGAGGUGUGUUUGAAAAGGCGGAAGGAGUCGCCCGUCUUGACGCGUUACAGUUUAAUAGAAAUGAACAGAUUUGGCAAUGUGUUAAUGACUUGAUGGGAAGAUAUUUUGAGAACGAACAAGAAAUACAAUGAUUAGUUUGAAAACAUCAAAAAAAUAAAUGAUGGGUUUCAUUAAAGCGUUUUAAAGACGGCAGUGUUGGGAAUGGCAAUGUGCCAAUGUGAUAAAAAAUUCAUUAAUAGAGAGCUCAAGCUUCGAGCCUUCGUGUUAAACGUCAAACGGCAUACGCCAGGCAAAGAAAAAUUUUACGGUACCAGGCAAUAAAUAAAUUCGGGCCCGCAGUAAUUGGCUAUUCGCUGUUGCGGUCACCCAGCCG